AUGAUCUCUAGGACGCUUUUCAAAACCAGAAACAUACGCUCUUGUGUCUGUGCAGUUCACGGUCUUCAAAACAAUCUUCGUUUGCAAAUCCGAAGGUACGAGUCUACAAAAUUACCAGAUGAACCACAAGAUUCGUCUUCCGCAGACUCUGUGCCUUGGUACUUAAGAGAUGAUACUCUGUCCCCAUUAAUCGACAGUGCACCAGUACAGCUUCCCGAGCUUCCUCAAGGAUGUCCCUCGCUGGUUAAAGAGUUUGUUGAAGCUCUUGGUACCAAGUAUGGGAUGAGUGACAUCGAAGUGUUUGAUAUGAGUCAAAGAGUAGCAGAAACAGAUGAAGAACACCUAGCAGACUAUAACAUUAUCUGCACUGGGAAGUCCGAGAAACAUGUCUAUAAGGCAGCUUACGAGUUGAGACUGUUGUUAAAGAGUUCACACGCGCAUCUUCCUCGGAUAGAGGGGAUGGUAUCUAAUGCCAUAAGCCCUGUUGAACGUAGGAGACUAUUGAAAAGAGCAGGGAAAGGUCCUCUGAAGGCCGACAGUGAUUUUGGGUUAAAGGCGAACAGUUGGGUCAUGUGCAACACACAUGUUGACAAUGUAUUUAUUCAUAUUCUCACUAAAGACAGAAGAGAUCAGCUAUGUUUAGAGAGUUUGUGGUGUCAAGAGUCAGAGAAGGACAAAUACCUUAACAGAGGACUUAGUUUUGAAGAUUCUGACGACAUUUUCAUAGGUAUAAAGAGACACUACCAUACCCGUCGUGGAUACAGUACUCCUACCACCAGUCUGUUAGAAUCACUUCUAGACAAGGUACAAGCCUUAGCAAGUACUGGAGAACCAAUAGACCCAUUUUUAUUAGAGGUUGACGGUAACUUUGAUCCCAACAAUUUAAAGCAUCAUGUGACUAGAUCCCAAAUCUAUAGCGAGAUUCACAGAAUAAACCCCCAAGUAAUUCUGAGCCAGAAAGUGGAAAAUGCCAUAUUAGAGAAAUAUGGUAACUUGAUUCUAGCCUUGAAUUCCGGUACCCAACUAGAAUCCCAGAGACCCCAUGAUAUGGUGUUGUACAUUGAGCAUUUAUUAGACCUGAGGCAAGCACAACCAGAACCUGGCUGUGAUUCAGACGAAUUAAGCUGGAAACAAAGAAUAGAUGCUUCUUUUGAUAAGCUUUCCCAAUUCACAGAGAAGCUCUAUAUGUUUAAUAAUAGAGAGCUUGACUUGACAGGACUGAAUAAACUUAUUCCCUUAUUAUGGAGACUCACUUGGAUUGGAAGAGAUAGUGAUGAUUCGAGAUUUGUGACUGUGACUCCAAGAAUGGUAGAUGAAGCCCUCACUGACCCUGAGUCGUCAUUUAAGGUACAGAGUUCUAGUGAGCCUUCCAUAUUGCUUGCGUCCAAUAGAGCUGCGGAUAUACUACAAUUGAUUGAGUACACCAAUAAGAGAAGCAACAAGGUAGCCACCAGAACGUUUAACGAGCUCGUGAUGUUUACAUACGGGAAUGCAAGUAAAUGGGAUAAGUUUUGGAACCAAUGGGAGGUUCAUUUGAACUUGUUAGGAACACAACAAGGGGGUACUAUUCAGUAUCCAAUAUCUAAAUGGGCAAGAUUAAUCACGUUCUUAGCUCUUAGAAAUGAUUCUAAAGCUAUAACAUAUUUUUUCAAUACUUUAUGGGAUGCUAAUAUUGUUUCACUGUCAUUCAUGUCUGAUUUCCGUCUUGUUAAAGGUGAAUUUGCUUCAGUAGAAGAGAAACAAUGUGUUAAACUCGCUUUAAAUCAUAUGUUACUGGUAGUAAAUGAAGAUUCCAAUAAUAUCACCAAUUAUAGAGCCGUGGAAUCUUUAAUUGACUCCAUUUAA